UUUCUUUGUUUAAAAGGGGAAAAAAUAUACAUAAAUAUGUCAACAAGAGUUUACCUUGGUCGCCUUUCUCGCUCUGCUAAUAAGCGUGACAUUGAGCGUCUCUUUAGAGGUUAUGGCGACAUUCGCGAAAUUAACUUGAAAUCUGGUUUUGGUUUUGUUGAAUUUGCUAGUGAAAAAGAUGCUAAAGAUGCUGUAUAUGAUUUCCACGGCAAGAGCUUCCUUGGUGAAAGAUUGAUUGUUGAAAUUGCUAGAGGAGCUCGUCGCCAUGACGAAAGACGUCCUCGUGGAAAUGAUAGAAGUCGCUCUCGUUAUCGAUUGAUUGUUGAGAAUAUUGCUCCUGGAACGAACUGGCAGGACCUUAAAGAUAUGAUGCGUAAAGCUGGUGAAGUUACUUUUGCUGAUAUCUCUCGUGAUCAUCCCACAGAAGGUAUUGUUGAAUUCCAUGUACGUGAGGAUAUGGAAUACGCUUUGAGAAAAUUAAAUGACCGCGAGUUGAACGGUCAACGUGUCCAACUUCGUGAGGACCCCAUCAAGGUCGAGCGUUAUUCUCGUCGUUCUCGUUCUCGCUCCAAAUCUCGCAGCAGAACCCCUCCUCGCCGUCGUCGUCGCUCACCUUCUCGCUCUCGUAGCCGUAGUCCUCCUCGUCGUCGUCGUCGCUCUCCCUCUCGUUCUCCCUCUCGCUCUCCCUCUCGUUCUCGCUCUGUCUCUGAGUCUCCUCGUAGAAAGAGAACCAGAAGAGGCGAAACUCCUGAACGCGAUGACAGUCGUAUUAGAAGACGCAGCAAUUCCAAGCCUAGAAGUCGCUCUCGUAGUCCCGCCAAGUCUAUGGAUGAUUCUCCUCCAAGAUCCCCUCGUAGCGAAGGAAGUGUUCACGAUGACGAGUAAAUGAUAUACAAGGUGCACACAGCUAUUUCUGUAAGCCCUUGUUUCUUUAAUAGCUAUGUCUCUUUUUUCCCUCUCUUUCUUUCUCUUUCUCUUUCUCACUCUAUCACUUUCCUUUAUCUUCC